AUGUGUCCUUUAACCGAAGAGGAGACCCGUGUGAUGUUUGAGAAAAUCACAAAAUACAUUUGGGAGAAUCUUCAGCUUCUGGUUGACAGGCCCAUCGGCACCUAUUAUUUUAGGCUGCACAAUGACCGGGUGUGCUACGUGAGUGAGAAGAUGCUGAAGCUGGCCGCCAAUAUCUCUGGGGACAAGCUGGUGUCGCUGGGGACCUGCUUUGGAAAAUUCACCAAGACCCACAAGUUUCGGCUGCACAUUAUGGCUCUGGAUCACCUGGCACCUUAUGUCAAGUAUAAAGUGUGGAUAAAGCCUGGAGCAGAGCAGUCCUUCCCGUAUGGAAACCAUGUAUUGAAAUCUGGUUUGGGCCGGAUCACUGAAAAUACUUCUCAGUACCAGGGAGUGGUGGUGUACUCCAUGGCAGACAUCCCUUUGGGUUUUGGGGUAGCAGUAAAGUCUACACAAGACUGUAGGAAAGUAGACCCCAUGGCAAUUGUGGUAAUUCAUCAAGCAGGCUUUGGGGAAUACAUUCGGCAUGAAGAGACAUUGACUUAA